AUGGACGAGGGAAAGUUUCAGAACGCUUUGAGGAGUGGAGACGUGCAGACCGAUGGUAGGACUACUAUCCAUGUGGCCAGCAAGCACGGGCAUACUGGGGUGGUGGAGCUGCUGAUUCAACAUGGCGCUGAUGUGACGGCGAGGGACGAGGAUAGCGGGACCGCACUCCAUCUGACCAUCGGGAACGGGCAUAUUGCGGUAGUGGAGCUGCUGAUUCAACAUGGCGCUGAUGUGGAGGCGAGAGACAAGGAUAGCGGGACCGCACUCCAUCUGACCAUCGGGAACGGGCAUAUUGCGGUAGUGGAGCUGCUGAUUCAACAUGGCGCUGAUGUGGGGGCGAGGGACAAGGUAAACUUUGCUCAUGAUUAA